CCAGCGACCACCACAACAUCACCAAAUAUUGUUCUACUCUUGUUCGAAGGCGGAUCUCCCCGUGAACACAUAUCGAGAGUGAGCGACCCACUUAUAUGCCUACGCACGGCAAUUGUCACACAAUAAUCCUGGUCCUGGUCCAUCAAGAACGCGUCCCUACCGACAUUAUACAGACCGCGAUUUCAUGACCAACGACAAUAGCAAUUGCGUCAAACUUCUCUUUCAUCUUGACUACUCUACUCCUAUCAUGAGUUGGGACGCGUCGCGCAUCUAAUAAUCAUGUAUCUUCCACGAUCACUUAUCUCCUCACUCUACCUCAACCUCCAACGAGCACACCAUCCGCUAUCCCCACCUGUUAUAAUCCUCGCCGCACUCGACCCCGAUGCACUAUGCGGAUGCCGAAUUCUUACUGAACUCCUCAAGCGCGACUACAUGCCCCAUAAGAUACAACCGAUUGCUGGUUAUGGCGACUUGGAGAAAGCAGGACGGGAUGUUGUCAGACCCAUGAUGAAGAGCCAAGGAGGGGAGGGAGGCGUGGUUGUCUGUCUAGGAGUUGGAGGAUUGGUUGAUCUAGGAGGCCUCCUCGGCAUUGAAAACGAAGACGGGACCAGUUAUGAUGGUGUAGAGGUCUGGGUCAUUGACGCGCGAAGACCUUGGAAUUUGGGAAAUGUCUUUGGUGGUCACCCAACGUUACCACAAGUUGAGGAAGACGGACAAUUGGUGGACCAAAAGCACUCUGGAAUAGAUGGCGGCAAAUUACAGCGCAACUACAAGUCAGGGCAGGGUGGCAUUGUGGUUUUCGAUGAUGGAGAUAUUGAACAAGAACUAGACGCUGAACGAGACGCGUAUUUAGCUUUGGUAGAUAUGCCAGAGGUUGAAGAUGAUGAAGGGGAAGACGAUGGGAGUGAUUCCGAGAGUGAGGAAGAUGAUUUCGCAGAGGAUUCGCGACCAGGUCAGAAGAGAAAGUCGUGGUCGGACCGAGACGAGGAUGAUGAGAGUGACGAAGAUGACGAUAGGCCUAGGCAAAGAAGGAGAAGUAAUUCGUCAAGUCCGAUACCUGAGUCUCCUAGUCGGCCAAGACAACGCGGUCUCAUAUCACUCGAUGGUCCCUCAGCUUUGGCGUCUAGUGUUUCUCGUUCCGUCUCUCCUACACCAGCCCAACCUCCCAAGGGCCCUUCUGCUCGAACAUUAAGACGCCGAUUACUAAAGUUACGGCGGAAACACGAGUCAGUCCUACAAAAAUACUACACACUAGGAUCCUCAUACUCAGAACCGAUAUCUUCCAUGAUGUACUCGCUUGCAUCAGAACUGGGUCGAGAAGACAAUGACCUGCUGUGGAUGACAAUUGUAGGAGUGACUUCUAUGGAGUUAUAUGGUCGUUCGUCAGUAGGUGUAGCCAUUUCUACCCAGAAGGCUUUGGCAUCAAGAGGUUGGCUUGGAACUAGAGGAUCAAGAACACGGCAGCUUUUACGAGACGAAGUUCGGCGCCUGAAUCCACCAGAACUUGCAGAGUCAAGCUUCAACGGCAACAGGAAUGCUUUACCAGAGAACAGUGGCAUCAUCCCUACUACAGCACGCAGUCCAACGGACACCAGCAUUCGCUUGUCACCCGAGCCCAAAUUCUUGCUAAUUCGGCAUUGGAGUCUCUACGAUAGCAUGUUGCACUCGCCAUAUCUAUCUGCUAAGUUACAUAUCUGGUCAGACAGCGGAAGAAAGCGACUGCACAAGCUAUUGGCGAAGAUGGGGGUCAGCCUUGUUCAAUGCAAACAAAGCUAUACCCAUAUGGAUAUGGAACUGAAGAGAGGUCUUCGAACAAAAUUGCUGAAGUACUCAGAAAUGUAUGGUCUGGACGAUCUGGUACCAGCAUCAGAUACUGAUGGCAAGGAUCGGGGUGGAACAAAGGAAGGCUGGGGCUUCGUCAGGAGUUGGGGCUGGCGAGCAACACUAAGCGCGCAAGAUGUUGGGGUCGUCGUUGGUGCUAUUCUCGAAGUCGGCAAGAAAGUGAUCACCAGUAUAGAGGGCAAUGAUCGUGGCCGGGAGAAAGAGACGGUGGAUGAAAAUGGCAAAUUGGAGGGCGAGGAAUGGGUUGGGAGGUUUUGGGAUGCCUAUGAUGCACUCGAAAAAAUCGAGGAACUCAAAGCUGCACUCCCAACUGCCCAACAUCUUCACCGCGCCAUCCUUCGCACAGGUACUUCUCUUAUCGAGAAGCGUCAGAUCAAACAUCUCCGGGCAUUCCGCAUGUGUAUAGUCAAGGACGGCCCAGACGUUGCGCUGUUCACACAUCCGGCUGCGUUGACAAAACUGGCACUCUGGAUUGGAGAAGCAAUUGCCGAGCAGGAGCGGGAAUCAAAGGGUAAGCUCGGUCACGGUGGCCGAGGCACACCACUUGUUGUUGCAGGAUUGAACGAGAGUCGAGGUGUAUAUGUCGUGGUCGGCACAGGCGGUGGAGGUGGAGGGAGCAUGGGAUUCGGCGAUCGGCAGGCGGCCAAAGAGAAAAAGGAAAAGAAAGAAGCGAAGGAGAGGGCCCGCGAGCUGAAGCGAGCCAACAAGCAGAAAGUGCGAGAGCAGAAACGUGAGGCGAGAAGACUCGCACUCGGUGACGAUGAAGUCGAUGAUGAGGAAGAUGAAACGGAAUCAGAAGGCUCGGAUUCUGACUCGGACGAUGAGGAGGAUGAGGAAGAUGACGAGAAAGCUCAAGCCAAGGGCUUUGGGAGGAAUAAAUUCGGCAAUGCCUUUCAGGAAGUGGUUGCUGAGACAAGUGCUAGGGUUCGAAUUGACAGUUUCGAGCAUUGUGUGGUGGAAGUUAAGAAAGAGGAUCUUCAACCCUUCUUGGAGAGUUUGAGUAUGAAGGGUGUUGUGGGGUGAAAAUGUUAAGUUGAAGGAAUAGAGGUGUAGAUACGUGUUCAUGACUUCAUUGUUUGCGUUGCUUUGCUUUACUUUGCUUGGGAUGGGUUGAAUUGGAUCGAUGCUCUUUUCAUCAUGGCUGGUUGGUGUAGGGCAUUUUCAUGGUUGUUGGGUUCCUUGCUGCGUGGUGCUGGGAAGGAGAAGAGAGGUGCGAUUGGUGGGGUCUCACUUGACCCUGCUUUGCUUGUGCAUAGGAAAUGAUGAACUUGAUUGUAAU